CUCUCCGCUAUUUCCUCGUUUUUUCCUCUCCCCUUCCCCAGUUUUCAAACACAGCCCCAGCCACCGUAGCCGACUCGGCGUGCACUUCCCAGUCCUCCACCACGGCGAUGCAUAUCCUCUUUCACCAUCUCAGACGCAUCAACAGCACUUCACACACCACAAGCUGGUGGAGGCCCAUAUCGUCUCGUGCCUUUCCUACUGAUGUCUCCGGUGAAUCGCCGCGUUCAGUUGAACGCCGCCGCAACGACGAUCUGAGGAGCAGGAUUUUAGGGCUCGUAUUCCCACGACGGAGCGCGACGGCUUUGCUUCAGGAUUGGGUCGAUGAUGGCCACAAGGUUUCAGUGUUGGAGCUUCGACGGAUUUCCACUGGGCUCAUGAAAUUGCGGCGUUAUAAGCACGCCCUCGAGAUGUUUACAUGGAUGGAAGAUCGCUAUGGAAAUAGGAUUUCAGCGGCUGAUCAUGCCAUCAGGUUGGAAUUGACUAUAAAAGUACAUAAUUUAAGGCAAGGCGAAGAAUAUUUUGCAACUAUACCCAACAGUGCUUCACAAAAAGCUGCGUUUGUGACUCUUCUUCAUUCUUAUGUUAAAGAAAAGGCCUUAGAGAAAGCUGAGGCUCUCAUGGUUAAGAUGAAUAGCUUGGGGCUCACCGUGAGCCCUCAUCCAUUCAACGAGAUGAUGAAGCUUUAUAUGGCCACUUCUCAGAGUGAGAAAGUGCCCGCUGUCAUCCAGCAAAUGAAGCAAAAUAAUAUACCCCUUAAUGUCCUCUCUUACAAUCUUUGGAUGGGUGCGUGUGGUGAGUCAUCAGGGGUUGCAUCUGCAGAAAUGGUUUAUAAAGAUAUGGUGAAGGACAAGGAUUUUGAAUUAGGAUGGAGCACUCUAUCUACUUUGGCCAAUAUAUAUCUGAAAUCAGGAUUUCUUGUCAAGGCCAAUUUGGCUCUUCAAAAUGCAGAGAAAAAGCUAUCAACUACUAACCGCCUUGGUUAUUUCUUCCUCAUUACUCUAUAUACCUCUUUGAAAAAUAAAGAUGGAGUUCUUCGACUUUGGGAAGCUUGUAAAGCAGUGGAAGGGAGAUUAUCUUGUUCGAAUUACAUGUGUAUCUUGUUAUGCUUAGUAAAGCUGGGUGAUAUUAAAGAAGCUGAGAGGGUUUUGACGGAAUAUGAAUAUCAGUGUAGGAAAUAUGACAUUAGGGUUUCCAAUGUUCUCCUAGGUGCAUACAUGAGAAAUGGAUUUGUGGAAAAAGCUGAGGCGUUACAUCUCCACACAUUAGAGAGAGGUGGGUGUCCAAAUUAUAAGACGUGGGAGAUUCUAAUGGAAGGAUGGGUGAGAAGCCAGACUAUGGAUAAAGCCAUAAAUGCCAUGAAAAAAGGAUUUGCCAUGUUGAAACAUUGUGACUGGAGGCCAUCACCUAGUAUUGUGGUGGCCAUUGCAGAGUACUUUGAGAACAGCGGCAAUUUUGAAGAUGCAAAGCGGUAUCUGACAGUUGUUAGGCGUUUGGGUCUUGCCAGUUUGCCAGUUUAUAAAUCGUUGCUUAGAAUGCAUGCCUCCGCUCAUCAACCAUCCCAAGAAAUUUUUGAAAUGAUGAAGGAGGAUGAAAUCAAUAUAGAUGAUGAGACAUCUGCACUUCUUCAGACCUCCAUCACAUAAGCAAGAAUAGUACUGUGGGACCAGGUUAGGAGC